AUGGCAGAGCCACAACCCGAACUCCUUCAAUCAAACCCCCAACAGCCCCAGCAACCCGACCAGCCCCAAUCCGACAUUGUUUCGCUCCCGGAAGACAUUCGCAACCAGGUCGAAAAGGAACAAGCCCUCGCAGAUGCUCAGAGAAGGGUGAAGGAGCUCGAGGGAGAGGCGGGGAAGCUUAGAGAACGGAUAUCUUCGUUAGAGGGGGAGAGGGAUGGAGCGGUUUCUGUCACAAACCAACUGCAGACCCAGCUUUCAUCCUUGCAAUCGAGCCAUCACAAGACAACAUCGGAGCUAUCAGUAAUACAAACUAGGAUUGACUCUAUAGAGCGAGAGAAGAGGGAGUUGUACGAGGAGACGGAGAGACUACAGCAGAGGGGUAAUCGGAAUACUCAGGAACUGUACGCUCUGAGAUCGGCAAAGACGGAUGCUGCGCAAAAGAUUGCCCACUUGGAUGUUGAGGUGUCGGAAUUACGGAUGACCACAGAGACCGCCAAGUUCAAUGAGAAGCGAAGCACACAAGCUCUGGAAAGUGCCCGAGCCGAGAUCAUCACCCUGACGAAGGCUGUCUCGGAGGUUGAAGAGCGAUUUGGUCGAUACAGGGCUGAAGCCCAAUCCGAGCAAAGCAAAUACCGCUCAGAGAACGAAACCCUCCUCACUCGACUCAACACUCUCGAACAAUCCUACUCUUCCCUCCAACGGACCUACAACGACCAAUCCUCCCGCCUUGCCGAGUCUCAUGCCAAUAUCGCCACCUUGACCUCAUCAGCCGCAGCAAACAAAGCUGCCGUCGCUGUUGACAUGCUCCAGCUGGACGAGUCGAACAAGAUUCUCGAAAAGCGAGGCGAGGAAGCUCGGGCUACGAUCUUGGAGAGGGAGGCAGAGCUGGAGAGGAUGGCCGAAGUUUCCGAGGAGCGAGAGACCUAUUGGGAAGCGCGCGUUAAGAAGGAAGAGAGGCUCAGAAAAGAGGCCGACAAGAGGGCGCAGGAGCUGAAGAAUGUGGCGGACAGGCUGGAUAUGGCCGAGGGUCGGGCGGGCUACGUCUCGGCAUCUGCUGCCGUCGCUAGCGAGUUGAGGAAGGAUGGGAAGAGCUAUACGCAACUGUAUACCGACUUUACCAUCCAAGAGAGUCGGUUGCAGUCUGCCGAGGCCGAGGUUGAAAGAUUGACGAAUCUGCUGGAUGAGAUUAGCCAGGAGCUGAGCGAGAAGAAACCACUCCUUGACGAACAAGCUGCGGAACACGACCGUGCUAUCGAGCGCGCCAAUGCGCUUGCUUCCGAACUUUCCUCCGUCAUCUCCUCCCGCGACACUCUUCAGGCCGAGAUCAAAUCUGCCAAAGCAGCCUCCUCGCACCACUCCUCCGAAGUAUCCUCCUUCCGAUCCACAAUCGACGACCUUGCUCGCCAAGUCAAGUCCCUUCUUCGACAACUUGCUAUCAAGGACGACCCCUCCCUCGCCAAUGUUCCAGUCGACGGCGACGCCGAGGUCGGGCCUACCGGGGACAUUGUCACCGACCACCUCGUCGAAUUCAAGUCCAUCCGUUCCCUUCAAGAGCAAAACCAACGUCUUCUUUCCAUUACUCGCAGUCUCAUGGCGAAGCUGGACGAGAAGGAAAUCGGGCGAGCUGCUGGCGACGAGGAGGAGGACGAGGCUGGAUCUACCUUGGACCAAGCUACAGACAUGAUCAAGCGUCUCCACAAAGACCUCACCGAUGCUCAAAAGAAGAUCACCGACCUGACCCGCGAGCGCGACUUUUUCUCCAAGCUCCUUGCCAAGGGCGAGGGUCUCAGGUGGUCUACCUCCCAAGUCACGUCCGGCGGUCCUCUUGGCGAUGAUAGUCCUCAUCAACAGACUAUCGACAGUUUGCAGACAGAGAUUGAUCUUCUCAAGGCGAAGGCGCAAGGGGAGGUGGAUGAUGUGCGAAAGGAGAUCAAGAAGAGGACUGAAGAGGCGGCCAAGGCGGAUGUGGAGAAGGCGAGAGCGGAAGCCAAGGUUGGGUUGUUAGAGGAACAAACACGACUUUUGAACGAGCAGAAUUCCUUGGCAAAGAACCAAUACAUCGGUCUGGAAAGCCAGGUUCGGCAAUUGCAAGGCGCCGUGACUCAGGCGCACAACGAACAACGCUCUGCUCUCGAGCAAGUCGCUGUCCGUCAAGCGGAAGCCGACAGGUUGAGAAACGAGGCGGCUAUGCUUCGCGCCGAGAAGGAACAGUGGAAGAGCGUCGAAAGCAGGCUCCAUUCCGACUUCUCUCAAGUCCAAUCCGAGCGCGUCAAGCUUCAGCAACUUAUUGACAACCUCAAGAACGUUGCCAGCGAGGGCGACAAGAGCCGAGCCGAGGAGAGGCAGGCUUUGGAGAAGCGAAUCGAAGAACUUCAACGCGAAGCUACUGCCCUUCGCCAGCAGAUCGAACAAGCUCGCGCCGCCACGCGAGACGCCGAACUCAAGGUCAGCGACUUUGAAUUCCGUCUCGCCGCAGCCACCACCUCCGUCCGAACCGAGAAAGAAGCUGCCGACUCCCUCGCCGCUACCCGAGCCACCGAAAUCGCCACCAUCAAGGCCGAUCUCGAAAAGGCCCAGACCGAAUCGGAAAGCCGCCUGAGAAUCGGUCUCAACUGGAAGCGCCGAGCAGACAACCUCACGGAGCAGAUCGCUCAGAACACGAAGAGUCAGGGAGAGGCGGCGCAGGAGAAUGAGAAGAAGGCGCAAGAGGCGGAGAAGCGGGUGAAGGAGCUUGAAGGGGAGGUAGAUGGAUUCAAGAAGAAGGUGGAAGAGGUGGAGAGAGCGGCGUCGUUGAAGGAGGGCACGAUUCAAAGACUGCAGUCGGAGUUGACGUCCAAGGCUGAUCAAGGAAAGGCUGAUCAAGGAGAAAGUGAAGUCAAGGCACAGUUGACUACUCUUCAAAAAGAGAAGAAGGAGCUUGCCGAGAAACUUUCGCAGGCUGAGAAGGAUCUGGAGGCGGCAAAGGCUGCUGCUUCUACCGCUCCUCCUACCAGCGAAGGUGCUCCCACCGACGCCGAGAAAGCCGAGCUACUCGCAAAGGUCGAAGAGUUGACAAAGCACAAGCAGGAUCACGACGAGAAAUACGAAAGCAACGUUACUCGAGUGAACCGGGUCAAUGCCCAGAUGAAGGGCCGCAUCGACACCCUUCUUUCCGAGAAGGCUGCAGCUCUCACCGACGUUGAGACUCUUACCACAAAGAUCUCGGAACUGGAAAGCAAGGUCAAGGAGGUGGAGGCGUCAGUUUCUACGGCUGCCGCACCUGCUCCCGAAGCUCCCGCCCAAUCAGCAAGCGAGGUCGAAAGCAAGCCCUCGCAAGAACAGAUUGACGAAGCUGUCAAGGCUGCUGUCGCCGCCCGCGAAGCCGAGCUUACCGCCAAGUUUACUCGUGACAUCGAAGAGGCCACCACCUCGGCCGCUACUGCUGCCGCUUCCGCCGCUGCUAUCGUUCAACCCCCUCCCGCCCCCGAAUCUUCCACUGCUACCGCCCUCGAUGCCGAAGCUCUCGCCAAGAAGACGGCCGAACUCGAGUCUGCGUUCGAUACCAGAGUAGCCGAAGCUGUGCAGAAGGAAAAGUCUACUUUGGAGGAGGAAGUCAAGUCGUUACGAGGACAAGUGGAAGAGUUGAAGACCAAGAUCAAGGCGCUCGAGAGGCAAGUCAAGACAGCGGAGAUCUCGAGAAAGACAUUGGAGAGACAGAAAGCCGAGGCGGAAAAGAAACUCGCAGAGGCUUUGGAGAAGAAGGGUGAAGCGCCGGCUGCUGCAAGUGCACCUGCUACGACCCCAGCGCCCGCGGCUACAGCUGUGGUUGAUGCGAAUCCAGUGAAGGCGGAGGGUACGCCCACUGGGACGCCAGCGACGAGAGGGGGCAUUGCUAGGGGCAAGCCGCGGGCAGUACGAGGUGGAGCUCCCGGAAGGCCAAAUUCUGUCUUGAGCGCUGUCAACGCGACUCUAUCAGGAGCUACCCCGGCUUUCACUCCCGAAUCCAGCGGCACAAAACGACCAGCGCCGGAAGAAGGCGAAUCACCAACAGGCUCGGCUGCUCCUCCAUCAGCCCCGUCAGAAAGAGGUGGUCGAGUGCUAAAGAGGCCUAGAGGAGGAGCAGCGCCAAGAGGAGGUGCCGGCGGGCGAGGCGGACGAGGCGGCGGUGCUGCCGGAGGAGGUACGGGGGGCGCUGGUACGAAUUAG